CUCCCUGCUCCUCGUUCAUCCCCAGCCUGCGUCCUCCCACCAUGUCGCCCGCCAUACACCUCCCAGAGAGGGAGGUCGUCACCGUCAUCCUCUACGAGCUCGGCUUCAUCUUCAAACCCUCGGCCGCCACCGCUGCCGCGCUUAUCCUCCUACGGAGGUACGCCGACCUGUGGAUCCCGACGUGGGCAAUCUUCUGGCUGUCUGUGCUCAGCCUGCCGAUCGCGCAUGGGCUGUCGGUAUGGCAUAGCAACUGGCGCGCCGCCCGCAAGGCCGCGCGGAUGGGUGCCGUCUUGCCGCCCCGCGUACAAGGACGAUGGCCCGGCAGCGUGGACCUUCUCGUGAAGCUCACCGAUUCCUUCGAGAACGGCUUCCUCAGCGACUUGCUAUGGGAGAAGAUGUGUUCCGUCAACCAGACUUUCGAGAUAUACAUCCUAUGGGAUAGGAAUUAUGUCACGUCCGACGCCAGUGUUGUCAAGGCAAUACUAGCUAACGAAUUCACCAGCUUCGUCAAGGGAAAGAGAUUCGAUAUAUGUAUGAGAUCCGUACUCGGAACGGGCGUGUUCAACUCGGAUGGUGACAUGUGGAAGUUCCACCGCUCAAUGACAAGGCCGUUCUUCACUCGCGAGCGAAUCGGCCACUUUGACUUGUUCGACAGACACGCAGAGGAGGCCAUGCACAAAAUGAAGGCGCGCCUCGCCGAGGGCUACGCGGUCGACUUCCAGGACCUCAUCUCCCGCUUCACGCUCGACAGCGCGACCGAGUUCCUCUUCGGGUCCUGCGUCGCGAGCCUCUCGUCCGUGCUGCCGUACCCGCACACCGCGCCGGCGCACCUCCUCGGGCAGUCCGCGUCCCGCGCAGAGGACUUUGCGCGCGCGUUCGCGGAGGCGCAGACCGUGCUCAACUUCCGCAUCCGCAUGGGCUGGCUGUGGCCGUGGUUCGAGCUGGCCAAGAGCAAGACGCGGACGCCGAUGGAGGUCGUCGACGCGUUCCUCGACCCGAUCCUCAAGGCUGCGGUUGAGAAGGCGGACAGGAUCAAGGAGGGGAACGGCGGGAAGGUGCCUGAGGUCAAGGAGGAGAUCGAGGAGGAUGAGACGUUGUUGGACCACCUCGUCAAGUACACCAAUGACCCAAAAAUCCUUCACGACGAAGUAUUGAAUAUCAUGAUUGCCGGACGCGACACAACCGCUGGUACGCUGACCGUCGCGGUCUACUUCCUUUCGCAAUAUCCAGAUGUCCUUCGCCGCCUCAGGGCGGAGAUCCUUGAAAAGGUGGGGCCGUCCCGCAGGCCUACGUACGGUGAUAUCCGGGAGAUGAAGUAUUUGCGAGCCUUCAUCAACGAAACUUUGAGGCUAUACCCUGUUGUACCUUGGAACCUUCGCUACCCCGUCAAGGACACUACUAUUCCCGGCCCAGACCCCGACAAGCCCUAUUUCAUCCCUGCUGGCACUCCCGUCUCCUACUCCGUCCACUGCAUGCACCGCCGCGAGGACUACUGGGGCCCGGACGCGGAGGUGUUCGACCCGGACCGCUUCCUCGACGCGCGCGUGCAGCGGUACCUGACCCCGAACCCGUUCAUCUUCCUGCCCUUCAACGCCGGGCCGCGGAUCUGCCUCGGCCAGCAGUUCGCGUACAACGAGAUGUCGUUCUUCGUCAUCCGGCUCCUCCAGCACUUUGACGACGUCGCGCUCCACGAGGACGCGCUCCCGCCCGCGUGCCGCGUCCCCGCCAGCUGGGCCGGCGCCCCCGGACGCAAGGGCGUCGAGAGGUUCUGGCCCAAGUCGCACCUGACGCUGUAUGCAAAGGGCGGCCUGUGGGUCAAGAUGCGGGAGGCGCAAAACGCUGGGGCCAUCUAAGGACUCUCUGUGAAAACGCGUUGACACUGUUUGGAAGGACAUCUUUGGGAAUUAUCUCUAGGUUCAUGAAUGAAAGAACAUGGCAUAACACUGGCCUGUGCUGUGUAGUACCACUGUUCGUGGACGAUUGGCUUUGGAACUUAAUCUGUGAACUGAAUGCAAUUGCGAAAGGAUAUGAGUUGUACUAUACAUUAGCUAGAAUUCGACUGCGAGUGCGCGGCCCGUCUACGAAGGUCAAUCAAGCAGCCUUGCCCGAAUCCUCUUUCAAACUAACAAUCCGAUUGAGCACGAUGACAUCGCCCGGCUUGUGUGCAGGCGUCACGCCUUCAGGCUCGUCCAGACACGCCAGCUUCGCGUCCUUGUCGAGCGCGAAGUACGCAACGCGGAGGCCCUGGAAGCGGACGACCUCCUUGCCGACAAGCUGCUCGCUCGUCGCCUGGGGCGUGUCGUCGCCGGGCGCACCGUGGCCCUCCGCCUGCUCCGUCGUCACCCGCGCCUUCUCGGUGCGCGCCCGGCCCUCCGCGCGCGCCUCGUCGUACAGCCGGCGCGCGAGCGGCCAGAAGCCGACCUCGACCAUCGCGCCCCUGACGACGUCGAGGCUGUGCGCGUUGAUGUCCGCCUUGAAGUCGGGCUGCGCGGCCGCGGGGUUGUCGCUCUUAAAGAGCUGGUAGAAGACCCGCGUCUCGUCGACGGUGACGGGACUUCCCGACGGCGCGUGCUCGGCGACCCACUGGAUGAAUGCCUUGGGCUUCUUCGUCGCGAGCUCGCCCUCGGUCUCCGCGCGGCACACGAGCUCGGUGGCCUCGCCCGUCGCCUCGUCGACCUUGUACGACACGCAGGUGAUCGGGUACGGCGCCUGGAAGAGGCCGACAGUCUUGCCUGGUGCGAGGCGGAAGUAGUCUUUCGAGUCGACGAGCCGGAAGUCGUCGCGGUCGAUGUAGAUCGUGCGCGUGAACGGGAUCUUGGACGAACCGUGCUCGGGGACCUUAGGGUGCAGCGGUUUCUCGAGCAUCAUGACGAAGUCCUCGGGUAGGUUGUCGAUGGUAACCUUGAGUGGGUUGAGCACCAUAAGCAGACGCGGUACAGAACCUUCGAGGUACUGCCUGAUGGCCUGCUCAAACCGUACUGUCUGGAUGUUUGACGCGGCUGUCGAAACUCCCAGCGAGCUGACGAAGGAAAGGAUAGCACCCGGGGGGACUCCACGUCUCCGCAAGGCAAUCAGGGUGUACAAUCGCGGGUCGUCCCAGCCAGUGACAUAACCUUCUUUCACGAGCUGCAAGAUUUUCCGUUUUGACAUGACAGUACCUGUCACAUUCAAGCGACCGUACUCGGACUGACGGGGUUUGUAGACAUCGAGAGCAUCACACAGCCAUUCGUAGGACUCGCGAGAAGCUAUGAACUCCACUGUGCAUAGUGAAUGU